AUGGACAUACCCAUCACUCCGGGGGAGCUGCUGUGUCUGGGCUCCAGCCUCGCCUUCUCCAGCCUCUUCUACUACCUGUACAGGAAGAAAGCCAGAGUUGUGGCACGCAUACAGGAGGCCCCAAAGCUCCAGGUUGAUGACGAUUUGCCAGCCCUGGUGUCUGCAGCUGAAGGGAGGUGCCUGCCUUAUGUUGCCCUGGAAGGCAUAGUGCUGCCAGCCAAGGCUGUGCUGACCAGCCACUACCAUGCAAGGCUGCAGGGUGUGAUCCAGAAACUGCUGCUGAGGGAACAUCGGCUCAUCUGGAACAGCUUAGCCCGGAGCUGGAGCGAGAGUGAGCGAGUGCUCUCGGAGCAGAUCUAUACCGUCCCCUUCCUGCUGGCCUCACCAGCCCUGCCGCUGGAAAUAGUGUAUGAGCGGUUUCAGCAGCCAUCCCAUGGCUUCCGUGACCUGCUGGGCCAGUACCUGAUUGGGGAGAAGCCCAAGGGCAUCCUGGAGACAGAGGAGAUGCUGCGGGUUGGGGCCGGGCUGACUGGCAUCGGGGAGCUGGCCCUGCACCCCGACGGCUCCUUGCACCUCCAGCCGCCCGCCCAAGGGGGCGAGUAUUUCCUGUGCCUGGGGGACUGGCAGU